CGCUCCCACCCGGAUCUCCUCUGGGAUCUCCUCCGGCGCCCGGGGCCGGAGCGUGGGGGAGGGAGGAGGUCGGACACGUAGCCUGCCUCGCAGCAGGGCUCUACUCCACGCGGGAGGGCGGGGGAGCCGGGGACCCGCCGCUCCAGCCCGCUGGCCUUCGAAAGAUCCUCCUGGGCCAAUGGCAGGCGGGGCGACGCGACCCGAUUGGUGCAGGCGCUCUGCUGAUCGCUGUGGAAACCCGGGCGGCAGAGAACGCGGGAGGAUGAGGAACCCGAGGCGGGGGGAGCCGGAGGGGCGGGCAGAGGAGGUGUCGAGGCCCUGAGCUCCCGGGGAGUUUUUACUGGAGGCAAAAGUCCAUAGCGGGCGGGCUGAGGGAGGGGCGGAGGAAGGGGACUGCUUUGGGGCACUGGGAAGCCAGGGAUCCUCCGCCAGGAAGGCAGGGACACUCCCGAGCACAGACGAGGAGGCUGGGGGAGGGGGCGCGGUGGGAGGAGUAGGAGAAGACAAAAGCCGAAAGCGAAGAGGGCCCGGGCUGCACACACCGGCUGGGAGGCAGCCGUCUGUGCAGCGAGCAGCCGGCGCGGGGAGGCCUCAGUGCACCGGGCGUCACAAUAGGCAGGCAGCAUGGGGAAGGGGGGUAACCAGGGCGAGGGGGCCGCCGAGCGCGAGGUGCCGAUGCCCACCUUCAGCUGGGAGGAGAUUCAGAAGCAUAACCUGCGCACCGACAGGUGGCUGGUCAUUGACCGCAAGGUUUACAACAUCACCAAAUGGUCCACCCAGCACCCGGGGGGCCAACGGGUCAUCGGGCACUACGCUGGAGAAGAUGCAACGGAUGCCUUCCGCGCCUUCCACCCUGACCUGAAAUUCGUGGGCAAGUUCUUGAAACCCCUGCUGAUUGGUGAGCUGGCCCCAGAAGAGCCUAGCCAGGACCACGGCAAGAACUCGAAGAUCAUUGAGGACUUCCGGGCCCUGAAGAAGACGGCUGAGGACAUGAACCUGUUCAAGACCAACCACGUGUUCUUCCUCCUCCUCCUGGCCCACAUCAUUGCCUUGGAGAGCAUCGCGUGGUUCACCGUCUUUUACUUUGGCAAUGGCUGGAUUCCUACCCUCAUCACGGCCUUUGUCCUUGCUACCUCUCAGGCCCAAGCUGGAUGGCUGCAACACGACUAUGGCCACCUGUCUGUCUACAGGAAACCCAAGUGGAACCACCUUGUCCACAAGUUCGUCAUUGGCCACUUAAAGGGUGCCUCUGCCAACUGGUGGAAUCAUCGCCACUUCCAGCACCACGCCAAGCCUAACAUCUUCCACAAGGAUCCCGAUGUGAACAUGCUGCAUGUGUUUGUCCUGGGCGAAUGGCAGCCCAUUGAGUACGGCAAGAAGAAGCUGAAAUACCUACCCUACAAUCACCAGCACGAAUACUUCUUCCUGAUUGGGCCGCCGCUGCUCAUCCCCAUGUAUUUCCAGUACCAGAUCAUCAUGACCAUGAUCGUGCACAAGAACUGGGUGGACCUGGCCUGGGCCAUCAGCUACUACAUCCGGUUCUUCGUCACCUACAUCCCUUUCUACGGCAUCCUGGGAGCCCUCCUUUUCCUCAACUUCAUCAGGUUCCUGGAGAGCCACUGGUUCGUGUGGGUCACACAGAUGAAUCACAUCGUCAUGGAGAUUGACCAGGAGGCCUACCGCGACUGGUUCAGUAGCCAGCUGACAGCCACCUGCAACGUGGAGCAGUCCUUCUUCAACGACUGGUUCAGUGGACACCUUAACUUCCAGAUUGAGCACCACCUCUUCCCCACCAUGCCCCGGCACAACUUACACAAGAUCGCCCCGCUGGUGAAGUCUCUAUGUGCCAAGCAUGGCAUUGAAUACCAGGAGAAGCCGCUACUGAGGGCCCUGCUGGACAUCAUCAGGCCUUUCACUCUGGUGGACCCACUGACGGUGGCCUUCAAGGUUGCAAGACCCUGGCAAGCACGCCUCCCACCCUCUGCCAUGUGCCUGUGACCCGCCUCCAGGAUGGCGACCAGCCCAGGCCUCCCAACCCUGCCAGUCGGAAAUCUAUGGGUCCUUCACCCAUAACAACCAGGGGGCUUGGAGUUGGGGAUACUGAAGGCCAGAUGGACGCUGGGGCUAUGAGGACACCAGGUAAAACUUGACCCAGUCUCACCGGGCACUUGGAGCUUCUCUGUGACUUCCCCAGCCCCACCUUGCCCUUGAAUACUUCCCUGGGUCAAGAAGCUGAGAACAUUCAUAUCUUCUCUCUGCUUAACCGCCCCCUCCUGUCCCUGUACUCAGCUGACCCCCUUGCUAACACACCCAGAACUGUGAGUUUCUAAUCCCUGUCCCCUGCCAAAGUCAUGGUGCCCCAAUAUUCAAGGCCCUGGGUGAUCAAACCCCAACACCUCCAUCACAGGCGAAGAGGCUGAGCCCAGAGAGAGGACAGCACUGGUCUGAGGCCACACAGCAGCAGGAUCCUGCUCCUAACCCGCAGGCCCCUGGCCACCUCUCCUGCACAGAAAGGGCUGUUCCCAGACCCUACCCCCAUCAUAUCAAAUGUCAGACAGCUCCCAGGAGGCCCAGCGGCUGGCUGGAGGGGUGGGGGCAGUGGAGGGCAGUUAGUCUCUGUGGAGGAGAUAAGAGCGGGGUAGCUACACAGAUAAAAGGGUAUCAGCUUUGUGGGUGGUGGGGGCAUCUGCAGCACCCCAAGCCUAGGCUGUGUGUGUGUGGGCACGGGGGGUGGUGCUGUGGCACCACAGGCGGAUCCUUGGGGUGUCUGGCUGGACACUCUGAAGCCCUCUGUGCCUACUGGGAGGGGAGAGGAAGCGUUUACCCACCUGGGGCUGGGCUUGGGCUGCCAUCAGGAGCGGCUGGUCAUUGCUUGUGUGACACAGUGCCUUGGGCCCAUUGGGACUCCUCAGCUGGCCUGGCUGCACCCUCCCCUGAGGUGUGCCCCUCUGGACAAGAAGCUGCCUCUCAAAGAGUCCCUGUUCCAACAUCUGAGAGGGAAAUGGGGUGCCGUGGGGGCUGCCUGCCCCAGGCUGAAACGCCACUGCCCUUGGGACUGGUUUUCCUUUUCUGAACCAGACUGGCUUCAUGUGGCCAGUGCACAUCCAGAACAAGCAGCCACCCACCGUGCUGAGAUUUCAGGAUCACGUCCCCAUCGUCCUCCACCAUCACACUUUGCUUUGGAUUUUAAGGGCGUUCAGGUCUUUCUUCUCCAUUGUCCCAUUCAAGAGCAAGUGUCCAAGAGAAAGAGUGACAGCAGCCAAGAGCUUGGAAUAGGCCAAGCUCCCAGUACUCGUGGUGGCUCACUGCCUGAGGACAUAGUGCGGUGGGGGGAGGAACCUUGAGAAGCCCACGGCCUGUCCUGUCACAAAGGAGUUUGUUGACCCCCUGCCCGCCACCAGCUACUCCCAACAUGCCAGGCAGGGGCUGGCUCUUGGGCAUCAUCAUUUCCAACAUCUGCCUGGGCUGGGAGACCCGAAGAAAUGUUAAUGAUCAAAGGAACAAACCAACGCUGCAGUUACAGCUUCCCUCCGGAGCUGUUUUUCCUCUGGGCCCAUGCCUCUUGUACAGACAAUAAAAAAGGAACACGGUCUCAGAGGCUCAGAGGUUCCACCAAAGCCUCUUUCCUUUUACAAACCUGGCCCCAGUGCACUAAGCCUUUGUUCUGAGUCUAAGAGACCUACAGAUGGAGAAGGGGGACUUCAACUCAGGACUGAGGGUGACCUUUUCCCAGGGGAUCUAGCAUGGGGGCCAGUGGGGCAAGAGCAAAGAUUCCCCUGCCAGUGAUGGAUCCCAGGCAGUCCAGAGAAACCUAGGCGUGGCUGCUGAGGGCGGGGCCUCCCAGGGGUUCGCGAAGCAAGUUACCAGGGGCAGCAGGGAGCACGGCCAGCCCCACACUGGCGCAGAUGCUCCGGGCGCCCGUGGGUGGCGCUGCAGGCUCGGCUGUUGUGGGUCCUCGGUGUUAGCAUCUCCCUGGAGAGUGCCUCGGAGCCAGCGCACAGCGAUCUCUACCAGGGUGUGGACGGAGGGAAUGCCAUUCGGAGCCUGCCCUGGCUCAGGGCACCCGCGUGGCACCAGGAGCCAACGGGAUUUAAACAGGCAGUGACAGGAAGGGGGAGUCCCCGCAGAGGGAACAGCCUGUGCAGAGACCCUGAAUGCAAGGCGCGCCCUGGGUAUGAGAAGUGUGUGUGUCUGAGGCAGGAAGUACCUUUCAAGGAGCAUCCAGUCUUACCCUUGGUUGAAAACUGAGGCUCAGGGAAGGCAAAGAACUUGUCCCAGGUGACAGAGCAAAUGGUCACCUUGGGGAAUUGGGUUGUGUGCACGAAAUUUGUGAAUAAACUUCUGAGCCUGC